CAGCAGAGAAUCCAGGACAGAGAGAAAGAUGUGAAGGUGCUUCAGCAGGAGGUGGAGGCUAUCAAUGGCUCUGCUGAUAAAGCAGUGGAGGACAGUGAGAAGAUCUUCACCGAGCUGAUCCGUCUGAUGGAGAAAAGAAGGUCCGAUGUGAAGCGGCAGCUCAGAUCCCAGCAGGACACUGAAGUGAGUCGAGUCAAAGAGCUUCAGGAGAAGCUGGAGCAGGAGAUCACUGAGCUGAAGAGGAAAGACGCUGAGCUGAAGCAGCUCUCACACACAGAGGAUCACACCCAGUUUCUACACAACUACCCCUCACUGUCAGCACUCAGUGAAUCUACAGACUCAUCCAGCAUCAAGAUCCGUCCUCUGCGCUACUUUGAGGAUGUGACAGCAGCUGUGUCAGAAGUCAGAGAUAAACUACAGGAUGUUCUGAGAGAGACAUGGACAAACAUCUUAAAGAAAGUGACUGAAGUGGAUGUUUUACUGUCAGAACCAGAGCCCAAGACCAGAGCUGACUUCUUAAAAUAUUCAUGUGACAUCACUCUGGAUCCAAACACAGCAAACAAAUGGCUGUUUUUAUCUGAGGGGAACAGAAAAGCAAUGUGUCAAAAACAGUCUUAUUCUAGUCAUCCAGACAGAUUCACUAGAUGUUGUCAGGUUCUGAGUAGAGAGAGUCUGACUGGACGUUGUUACUGGGAGGUGGAGUGGAGAUGGGGAGGAGUUUAUGUGGCAGUUGCAUACAAGAAUAUCAGCAGAGCAGGGAGCUCAGAUGAAUGUGGAUUUGGACUAAAUGAAAAAUCUUGGGCUUUAGAUUGUAACAAAAACAGUUAUAACUUUUGGUACAACAAUGUCCAAACUCACGUCUCAGGUCCUCAGUCCUCCAGAGUAGGAGUGUACCUGGAUCACAGUGCAGGUAUUCUGUCCUUCUACAGCAUCUCUGAAACCAUGACUCUCCUCCACAGAGUCCAGACCACAUUCACUCAGCCUCUCUAUGCUGGACUUUUGUUAUUAGAUUAUGGAGCCACAGCUGAGUUCUGUAAAGUCAAAUAGUCAGAAGUCAUUUCAGGGACAGUGGGUUAAAUUCUGUGUUUUAAUCCUUAAAUGUCUUUUGUCUUUAUGUUUGUUGCUGAGAGCUGAUUGUUGUGGCAUUUCUUCACUGCACAGAGAUCAGCUGUCAGUCAAACAUUUUACUUUGACGUCUUCUCAUUAGUUGCUGUGUAAAUGUUUGAGUUUCUUUAGGUGGAGCUCCUUCCUGUGUCUGUUUAGCCAUGGAGGCUAUCACUGCUCAGGAUGACUUUUGUUCACCUGAACUGACAUUUCUCUGCAUGAAAAUGGAAACUUCUCUGAGCUCUAAAUGCUUGUUCAAUAUUUGAAUUGAUGUAUUAGAGAUUCUGAUUAAACCCACUGCUUAUGUGGAUGAAGUGAAUCUGUACCUGAAAUCAUUGAACAAGAGUCAUUUAACAGACUUUACUGAUGGGAUCUGUGAACAUUCUGAAGCUUUACAUGAUGAAUAAACAAACAUGAACAAAGUA